UCUCCUAACGCAUCUCUUCUAAUCCGCUGCGCACGUAGCUUUCUAACGCCACGCCAUACUCCCCUUCGCAUUCCCUUGCUCUUCUACUCCAUUGAUGCUACUCCGUUUUUCUCUUUUACUCUUUCUCCUCCUAGUUAUUAUUACCUAACUAUGGCUUCGGAAUCAUGGCUUAGAAAAUUCAAAUCCGCCGCAGCCAUAAACCUAGCCGACCUCUUCCAUCCCAAGGGAAAUGUCUCAAUCCUCGCCUUCGAGAUUGCCGGCCUUAUGUCGAAGCUUCUUCAUCUCUGGCGCUCCCUCUCCGACGACAGUCUCAUCUGCCUCCGCAACGAGACCAUUACACUUCCUGGCGUUCGCAAGCUCGUUUCAGAUGACGAUGCCUUUCUAAUCGCCCUCGCAUGCGCAGAGCUCAUGGAUGGAGUUCGCUCCGCCGCGGCCUCCACAUCUGAUCUUUGUCGCCGCUGCGCCGACCCAGCUCUGCGCCAGUUCUUCUGUCUGUUUAAGGACUUCAGUGAUUCCGGCAGCGACCCGUUCCGCUGGGUGAUGACUUGGAAAGAAAUGCAGGCAAAGGCAAAGAAGAUGGAGGGAUAUGUCGCUUCUGCGGCCGCGUUAUAUAAAGAGAUGGAUGAGCUCGCCGAAGCGGAUCGCGGCCUGGGAAGGCCUUCGAAAGCCGAGCAGUUUUUCUUGAAAAGGCGGCGACUAAAAAAUCUGAAGCAUAGCUCUCCGUGGUCCUCUACCUUCGACUGUGCCGUUUCCCUCCUCGUCCGCUCAAGCUUCACAAUCCUCGCAAGAAUAAAGCAUGUCUUUGGCAUCCCUCCAAUUACCCAAACUAACUCCACCUUCAUCUCCGCAACCGUCCACCCAGAGACACCUCCGCCGGCAGCAACUCCAGCAUCCAUCAUUGCCACAAGCACAGCCGCCCUAGUGCCGCCACCAACAACAGUGGGCGCGGCGUGCUUAGCCCCACACUACGCGAAGCUAAUUGUGCAACUGGAACGAAGGAUCCAAGCGCCGAGUAAGCUAGCAGAUGGCAGAGACGAGAUGUAUGGAAUGAUGACUGCGAGGUUGCGGACAAUGGUGAGGAGGAGAUUGCGGGGGUUGGGAAGGGAUCUACCGAGAGACGUUGAGCUGGCGGCAGAGUGGACCGCAACGAUAAAGGAGAUUAUGGAUUGGUUGGGGCCGGUGGCGCACUGGACGUUGAGGUGGCAUGGGGAGAGGAGUUUUGAGCGGUGGAGCGCGGGGGCGGUGAUUCGAAUAAAUGUGCUUGUUUUUCAAACGCUUUAUUUUGCUAAUAGGGAGAAGGUGGAGGCGGCGAUUGUGGAAUUGCUGGUUGGGUUAAAUUAUAUUUGGCGGUUCGAGAUGGAGGUGCGCGGCAAGUGCAUGAGCUUAUAGCAGGAUUCUCAUGAUCCUGUGGGGAGAUUGGGGAGAUUUUGUGAAAGUUGCUAGUUUGUUGAUUUUAGGGAUUCGUAUGGGGGUGAUGAAAGUUGCUAGUUUGUGGAUUUUGUUCAUCGAUAUUAUUAAUUUGAU